GAGACAGUCGACUCGCUCAGCGAGAAGGACAUCACCAACCUGAAGCCUGCGCUCGAGUCCAACUCAACCUGCGGCUUCGACAUGAAGCGGCUGCUGGACCACACGUGGCUGACUGUGGCAGAGCUGCGUCGACUGAACCCAGGAAUCUCCGAUGACAAUAUCCGCGUGAUCAUGAGCCAGUCGAACCUCGUGCUGCGCGACAUCACCGUCGCCACCAGCAACUGCAUGAGCGAG